GACUUCCAGCCGUUCCUCCACUGGUGUUUUCAGAUUCCGCUGGGAUCUACGGUGUCGAUGUUGGCGCGUCUUGACAUGGCCGGCUUGUCCUUUUCCAAUGCGGAUGCUGCGGGGAGCCGCGCUGGCGAGGCGGCCUCCAGCACCACCCAAGCGCACAGUGGAACAGAUGCUGACGAUGAUUCAGGCUGGCGAGAAGAAGUGGGAACCGUGGGAACCGCAGGACUUCGGGGUGGCGAUGGCCAACUGCGCCAAGAACAGCAGGUGGACGGAGGCCGUGGCGUUACUGCAGGCCAUGCCUUGGGCAAAGUUUUGGCCCAACGUGGUAACCUACAACGCCUGCAUCAACAGCUGCGGAAAGGGCCUGCAGUGGUUUUUGGCCAUGCAGCUCUUGGAAGAGAUGCCAAUGAGGCAGUUGAAGGCCAAUGUGAUCAGCUACAGCACCACGAUGAACGCCUGCCGUGGCCACUGGCAGAAGUCCUUGGCGCUCUUUG